CUACUAGACAUAGGCUUGAAGAGGCAACUCGCAAAGCAUCUCCAAGCUUAGUCUUUUCCCUCUUCCUCUUCUCCUUUCUAGUACAGAGAUUCUUCUCUCUCAAUCAUCUGAACACCGAACACAAUCUUUCUCGUACCCAAGUCCCACAAAACACAAGCAUGGUCGGACCCAAUUCCCUAGACAAAAUCAAGCCCAUAACCACCAUCAAAUUCCUCUGUAGCUACGGCGGCAAAAUCCUCCCACGUUAUCCCGACGGCAAGCUCCGUUACCUCGGUGGCGAAACCCGCGUCCUCGCCGUUGAUCGCUCCAUUUCUUUUGCCGAGCUGAUGUUGAAGCUCUCUGAACUGUGCGGCGCGUCGGUGAGUCUCCGUUGCCAACUUCCGACGGAGGAUCUUGACGCCCUGGUUUCGAUCACCUGCGAGGAGGAUCUGGUGAAUCUCAUCGAGGAGUACGAUCGGACGGCGUCGCCGCCGUCGGCGCUGAAGAUCAGAGCCUUUCUCUCCCCUCCGAAAUCGAUCAAAAAAAUCUCUCCUCCUCCUUCCUCGGCCUCCUCGAGCUCCUCUCACGGCACCGCUCCGAUCUCGACUCCGAGGUCUCCGGCGCCGGCGUUCUGCGAUCAUCACCGGUGCCUCCGCCAGAUCGCCCCGCAGAUGGCGUUCCAAAAAUCCGCCGCAGCCGCCGGAAAGGUCCCGUACUACGCUUACCACGCUAAUGGAACUCCCGGCCAUAUCUAUCUCAUCCACAACGGCAACCACUGGCAAUAACAAUAGCCAGAAUCCAUGGACGAAGGAAAAGACCUAAAAACAUUCCCUUCAAAUUAAAGCCAAAAAAAAAAAAA